AUGGCGUGUAAGGCCAUGCAGUCUCUGUGUCAUGUUCCAUCAUCCAUUCCUGACUACAAUCUAUCGAAACCAUCGGAAGAAGCUCCAGAACAUUUUGUUGCUGACGGUCAGCAGCCUAAUAAGGCCAUGCCAAGAUUGGAUGUUACUGAGGUUGGAAGUGAAGAGAUGGAUAUUUGUUACGAGGACAUGCCGCUUUUGGAUCUUUCACAGGUUGGAAGUGAAGAGAUGGAUCAUGGUCACCGGGUACCGGAUCACGAUGGCCUUCGGAAAGAUGAAAUACCAUGUGUUGGAAUGCGGUUUGAGCAAUUGCAAAUGGCUCAUGAAUUCUAUGUGACAUAUGCAAAGAAAGUCAGGUUUGCUACUAAGAUACGGACGACAAUCUGUGAUAAGAUCACAAAUCAACCCAUUAACCAAGCUAUUCACUGUAAUAGGGAUGGGUUUCGUGUGUCUCGUGUCAAAGUGUCAACGCGGAAGAACAGGAUCUCAACCGCUGGGUGUAAGGCAAGGAUAUACGUGAAGUUUGACAAGGAGACACAAGACUGGUUUUUCUUCAAGGUAGAGUUGAGUCACUCGCACCCAUGUUCAGCGAGAAAGAUGGUGCACUACCAUGAGUAUAGGAAGCUGACCAUGCAUGCGAAGUGCGUGAUCGAGGAUAAUGAUGAGGCUGGGAUUCGACCAAACAAGACUUUCCUAACUUUGGCAAAUGAGUCUGGAGGCCCAUCUAACCUGGGAUACUCGAAAAAGGAUUUACAAAACUAUAUUACAGCUAGGCUUCGAACCAGCUGA